GGCCCAGGAAGCGUUGCAGAACGGCCAGCUCUGCGGUGCGGAUGGCAUCCCUGACCUGCAGCCCGGGGUCUUGGCCAGCCAGGCCAUGAUUGAGAAGAUCCUGGACACUAACUUCGUGCUGGGCAGCUACAAGACGGAGCAGUGCCCGAAGCCCCCGCGCCUGUGUCGCCAGGGCUACGCGUGUCCGCACUACCACAACAGCCGGGACCGACGGCGAAACCCCAGGAGGUUCCAGUACAGGUCCACCCCGUGUCCCAGCGUGAAGCACGGUGACGAGUGGGGCGAGCCCGCAAGGUGUGACAGCGGGGACAGCUGUCAGUACUGCCAUUCUCGCGCGGAGCAGCAGUUCCACCCCGAGAUCUACAAAUCCACCAAGUGCAACGACAUGCGCCAAACCGGUUACUGCCCGCGGGGUCCCUUCUGCGCCUUCGCACACGUGGACAAGAGCCUCGGGAUGGCCAAUGGCUGGGGCUGCCGAGACCUGGCUCCCGCCCCCACCAGCAGCUCCGUGGCCAGCAGCGGCCAGCCUGCACACGCAAAGCGGAGAGAGUCCCCUGCUGAGGGCAGCCACCGGCCCAGCGAGCAGGAUGGCAAGCAGAACCACCUGUCAGUGUCCGCAGUGGCUCACCCACUCGCCCACAGCGUGGGUUCCAGCGUGGCGUCCAGCCUGGCGUCCAGCGCCGGCUCCGGCAGCUCCUCCCCGACCACCCUGCCCACCCUCCCGGCCCGCGCCCACCCGCUCGAGCCCCCCGGCGGUGCUGCCGAGCCCCCCCCAGGUUCUGCUCUGGAGCUUCAUCUCUGUGACGUCGGCCUCACAGCUCUAAACAGAGAGCUGGAAGAGCAUGACAGUGGCGACCUGGGCCCGACAGGUCCAAGGUCACUGGGCGGCUCAGCACCCGUCAGCAUCCCGGGCUGCCUGCCCCGCUCCCCAUCCCUGCACUCGUCCUCAUCGCUGUCCACCUCCCCGCUCAGCUCGCUCUCCCAGUCCCUGUCGGGGCCACUCGUCUCCUCAGCCAUGACGCCCCCCCAGCAGCCGCCGGCCCUCAGAUCGGAGCCUGGAGCGCUGGGCUCCUCAGCCGCGUCCUACAGCUCCUUAGGCUUGAACGGCGUCCCCGGGAGCAUCUGGGACUUUGUUUCUGGCAGCUUUUCUCCCAGCCCAUCCCCCAUCCUGAACACCGGCCCUGCCCCGUCCUCAAGUGCGAGUCCGAACAGCGCGGAGCUGGCCCGCGUCAGGCGGCAGCUGGAUGAGGCCAAGAGGAAGAUCAGGCAGUGGGAGGAGUCCUGGCAGCAGGUGCAGCAGGCCUGUGACGCGUGGCGGCGGGAGGCGAAGGAGGCGAAGGAGCGGGCCCUGGCUGCAGACAGUGCGCGGGACCUGGCGCUGCAGAAGAAGGAGGAGGUGGAGGCCCAGUUCCGGCGGCUCCGGGAAGAGCUGGAGGGCCGGGGGCUGCAGCGCUGUGCUGACCUGGGCGCCGUCCCUCUCCCCAAGCUGCACUCCCUGCAAAGUCAGCUGCGCCUGGACUUGGAAGCCGUGGAUGGGGUGAUCUUCCAGCUGCGAGCGAAGCAGUGCGCCGUGUGCCGGGAGCGGGCCCGCGGCGCCGUCCUCCAGCCUUGCCAACACCGUGUGCUCUGUGAGCCGUGCGCCGCGGGCGCGCCCCCUUGCCCCUACUGCGAGGGCCAGCCCCUCCCAUGGUGACUGCUCCGGCGCCCCCACCCCGGGCUCCGGCCUGCUUCUCUCGAACCUCACGGGCGCACCCCCAGAGCCCACCCGGCCGGCCCCACGGGCUCGGGAAUGACGCACUGUGACCCCGCCAAGCACUUUGUAAACCGGGGGCGUUAGACAUUCUGAGUUGGUAUAAGCUGCUUUUUAGGUUCGUGUUUUUUUAAUAUGCGAUAAUGCGAAGCUUUGUAUGUGAACUGUGAACUUACACCAUCUCCUAUCAGUUUAUUGUUAAUUCAUGGUAUGGUAAAGGUCUUAGAUUUCUUAUCCUGAAAUUAGUACUUAUGAAAUGAGCGUUUAUCUAGUAGUGAGAAAUGCCUAGGAUUUUUUAUAGUUUUCAAAUUAAGUGCAAAUAGUAUUUAUAGCAGUGAUACCGAAAGACACAUUUAGAGGUUUUUAAUUUUGUGAAAGGGACUCCUAAUUGCGUACACACGCACAUUAAUUGGAGUUUUAUAUUCCAGGACCAUGCAGUGGCGCUGAGCCCGAUCGUGCUCCGUGACCUGCGGCCGCUUUUCUAAGUGCCUGAGCCUCGCACGAGGGGCGGAGGGCGCCCUUCCCUUGGGUUUGUGUGUUCCUCUGAGGGGAAGUGCGGCCCAGGGCCCCGAUGGCGGAGGCUCUCACAUUAACUUCACAAAGCCGUGCCUGAGCCUCUGUAGCUUCGCAAGCCUGCUGGAAGGGUGUCCUGGCUCCCCCUUGGGCGGCCUGAGGCCAGAGGCUUGCCCACGGCCGCUCCCUGCAGCCGGAUGGACGCCAGCUUGCAGGGGUGAGGCUUCCAGGCUGCAGGGUAGCCUGGCGAUUACCGGAGCCACCCCGGUGACCCCGGGCUUGCAGAGAGCGCCUGGCCGUGGCAGAAACGCUCCUGAGAACAGGUGUGGUUUUGGUGAGGACUUGAAUCUUCUCUGGUCUGCAUUGGGUCAUUUUUCCUAGAAAUCUGGGGAGAAGCAAAGGAUGUCUGUAGUUGACCCAGACUUUGUUCUCCGUGCGGCAGCCGUAGCUGGCCCUCUGGCCUGGAAGUCUCGGCCCACCCGUGGCUUUGCCAAAGACGUUUAAUAGCAUUUUGUAAAGUGCAAAGUGGCUCGGUAAAAAUUUUUAUCAGUAACCAAAUAUUUACUAUAGGUAAAGGUUGAAAACCUUUUUUAACAGAAGACACACCAAUAGCUCUGUUUAAAGGUGGAUCCAUGACGUUCUGCAGCUAGUCCACUACUAAAGGUGACUAUUGAGUUGGUUUUAGUGAAUCUACUUUGUUUUUAAUGAUAGUGAUGAUUAGCUCUUAGAAAUGACAUAUUUUGUGCUACUGUUACCACCGUUUAAAAUUAUUUUUAUUAAUAUUUAUGCACUUGUUUCCCAUUUCAGGCCUAUGGUCUUCUUUGGGAAACGACAAUGUUUAUUACCAAUAAGUAGCCUAGACGUUUUCAAAUUAUAAACAAUUAAGGACAGUUAAGCUUGAGGUCUAUGUAUAAGCUACUCUGGUCGGUUCUUGUUGUGCAGUGAGAGACUGGAGCUGUGGCGCCGUGGGGACGACCUCCCCUCCCCCCCCACCGGUACGUGCGCUGAGGCCAGGUGUGCUGCGAGGACCCCCAAGAAUCUCGCAAGUGGAACUCUUAGGGCCCCCAGGGGACUGCUCGUUGGGUCCUCCACACCUGUGUCUUGGUGGCCUAGGCCCUCCGAGGGAGCCUUCCCUGCCCCACAGGCAUUCCGGGGCCUCGCCGUCCUCAGUUCGGCUGUCGUUCUGCCUCUUGGCUCUCGUGGUCUCGGUCCAGCCUCCGCUGUUUGUGUAACUGGGGUCGCAGGAGACCUCGGCUCAGUGUGGAUGCUUCAUGUGGAUUAAUUUAUGGAAGCCUCGAUCUAGGUUUGUUCUGAGUAUUUAGAUGAGAAUGUUACUGGAAUGGAACUUUCUUAACCCAGAAGGUAGUAUUUAUAAUGCGUAAUCAUUUACUUGUAGUGAAUUGUUUCAAGUUAACACUUGUUUAAAUUUUUUUACACUACAGCAUUUAUGCAAUGGUUUACAGAAUUCAUGGAAUUAUUUUUAUCAGUACAGGAAUUAAAACUUUGCAUCUUUA